AUACAUACAUAAUUGUGAAAUUUGUAAUACAAUUUACAAUCGCUUUUUCGGUAUCCUUAUCCUACGCACCGCACUUCCUUCCCCGCCUACCCUGCGCUGCGCUUCCCUCGCCGGCUUUGGAGCUCAGAUCUCUCCCUCCCUCAGACACCCACUGACUGACACACCCACCCAAUACUCUUGUAAUUACUUUACAAGCAUCCACUUAGCUUUUCCCUCUCUUUCAGAAUCAUGAGCUGCUUCGGCUGUUGUGAAGAUGAUGAUAUGCAUAACGCGACUGACCAUGGAGGUCCAUACAUGGUCAAAAACCCAGCAGGAAAUGAGGGAAGCCAUCACGCCUCAGGAACUGCACCUAGGGGUGCUCAAGCUGUAAAGGUCCAGCCUAUUGAAGUUCCUACUAUACCAAUAGAUGAACUGAAGGAAAUUACCGAUGGCUUUGGGACAAGUGCUUUGAUUGGAGAGGGUUCAUAUGGAAGAGUAUACUAUGGCGUACUCAAAAGUGGGCAGCAUGCAGCAAUUAAGAAGUUAGAUGCCAGCAAACAACCUGAUGACGAAUUUCUGGCGCAGGUUUCUAUGGUGUCAAGGCUGAAACAUGACAAUUUUGUUCAAUUGCUUGGUUAUUGUGUUGAUGGGAGUUCACGUGUUCUUGCCUAUGAGUUUGCAUCAAAUGGAUCUCUUCAUGAUAUUCUACAUGGAAGGAAAGGUGUUAAAGGAGCACAACCUGGUCCAGUUUUGUCAUGGGCACAGCGUGUUAAAAUUGCCGUGGGUGCUGCAAAAGGGCUCGAGUAUUUGCAUGAAAAGGCUGACCCCCACAUCAUUCAUCGCGACAUCAAGUCUAGCAAUGUGCUAAUAUUUGAUGACGAUGUCGCUAAGAUUGCGGACUUUGAUUUGUCCAAUCAAGCUCCUGAUAAUGCAGCACGUCUUCACUCUACUCGUGUGCUAGGAACUUUUGGUUAUCAUGCCCCUGAAUAUGCAAUGACUGGACAGUUGAAUGCCAAGAGUGAUGUUUACAGUUUUGGUGUUGUUCUGCUUGAACUUUUGACUGGAAGAAAACCCGUUGAUCAUACAUUACCAAGGGGACAGCAGAGUCUAGUAACAUGGGCUACACCAAAACUCAGUGAAGACAAAGUUAGGCAGUGCAUUGAUUCAAGACUAGGAGGAGAAUACCCACCAAAGGCGGUUGCGAAGAUGGCUGCAGUUGCUGCCUUGUGUGUGCAAUAUGAAGCUGAUUUCCGCCCAAACAUGAGCAUUGUUGUCAAAGCUCUCCAACCCCUGUUAAACGCUCGGCAGCAUGGACCCACAGGGGAAGUACCAAACUUGUGAAAAUCUCUCUCUCUCUCUCUUUCUCUCUGUGUCUUCUUCCCCUCUGUCUCUGUCUAUGCCUCUGAAGAUGUGUCAUGUGUGCAUGUAUGAGUAAUUCAGCAUGCAAAUUGUAACAAGGGGAUUGUUUUGAGGGUGGUGGUAUAUUGUUUGCACGGUGUUCUAAAUGCUUCAUUUUCAUUUUCGAAUAGAAAUGUACUAUAUUGCUUCAUUAUUUGCGGUGUAUUUGGUUUGUUCAUAAUGCAAGGGGCAUUUUCUCCUA